CCAUGGGGAGGAAGCGCCAAAACCUUCACAGCCACCGCCGUCUCACGCGCACACACACUCUCACGGAGUCGCUUCUCUCUUAUCUUCUUCCCUCACGGCCCCAGUCAUUGCCCCCAUUUGAACCCUAAAACCCUAGCUCUCUUCCCAAGCCCAAGAUGAAUAGGGAGAAGCUUAUGAAGAUGGCGGGUUCCGUCCGCACUGGCGGGAAGGGUACCAUGAGAAGAAAGAAGAAGGCUGUUCACAAGGCAACGACCACAGAUGACAAAAGGCUUCAGAGUACUCUGAAGAGAAUUGGCGUAAAUACUAUUCCAGCAAUUGAGGAGGUUAACAUAUUUAAGGAUGAAGUAGUCAUCCAGUUUAUGAACCCUAAAGUUCAGGCCUCUAUUGCAGCAAAUACAUGGGUUGUUAGUGGGACUCCAACAACAAAGAAAUUGACGGACAUCCUCCCAGGUAUCUUCAACCAAUUAGGGACAGAUAACUUGGAGAACUUGAAGAAGCUCGCAGAGCAGUUAAAGAAGCAGGGUCCUGGUGGGGCCGAUGCCAAGGAGGAGGACGACGAUGAAGUGCCCGAGCUUGUUGCCGGAGAGACCUUCGAAGCCGCUGCAGAGGAGGCUAAGGCGGCCGCCUAGAGUGCAGUUUUGUCCCGUUUCUUCUUCUUAAAGCGUUUGUUGGGCCCUAACACUUGUUUUACUUCUUUCUCAGUUUUAAUUUUAUUUUUCCCUUUCUGUUCUUCACAAUUAGUGAAGUUAUCUUGCACCUUAUUUUGUCAAGAAUACUCGGAUUUUAGUUUUGCAUUUUGCUUCUCAGCAUUUUAAACC